CUCGUCCCCGAUGAGCAGCUACGUGUAGAGAGAAUUCGUCGAUUGGGUGCUUCACCAGGCAAGGAAAACAUCAGGAUCUUCUUCUUGGGCCUCAUUCCUGUCCCCGGACGUACAGCCGAUCACAGCCCUUCUCUUAAACAAUCAUCUCGACGACGGCAUCCGUCCAAAAUGGCUGAAGAUCUACGUUCACUUAUCAACGAACUAUCGCAGCUCGCCAGCAACUACGUGCCUGCCACAGGCCAUGAUGCGGCGUCUCUGGCACCGAAAGCGGCUCUCGUCAGCCUCUCCAAGAAGAUUAUGCAUUCUUUAAUGGAUCCAGGGAUGAUGGUCCAGGCCCAUUCCCUACAAAUGGCCGAGCUGGUCUCUGUCCGCACGCUAUUGGACCUGAAGGUGUUUGAGAAGAUGCCAGCUGAAGAGGGAAAGACCAUCAGCGCAAAGGAGCUAAGUGAGAAGUCUGGGGUUCAGGAUGUGCUGCUUGAAAGACUGUUGCGCCCUCUAGUUGCGUCGGGGUUUGUAACGCAGUCGCCCGAAGAUGGUACCUUUGGAUCCACCAAGUUCUCACAGGCCUACACGUCUUUCCCCGGAAUGUUCUUCACUUUGAUGUUCGACCACUUCCUUCAGCCCAUGACGGAUCUCCCGAAAUAUCUGGCAAAACGCGGGGCUGUAGAGCCGACGUCCUUCUACGUCAACCCUUACUCCGACUACCAUAACGCAAGCGACUCCGGGUUGACGACAUGGGAAAUCAUGUCCAAAGAUCCGGAGAAGUUAAAGACAUUCCAGCUGGGGCUGAAAAUGGGCGACAACCUGGUUCCUGUCCUUGGGUACUAUGAUUUUAACCAACUUAAAUUAACUGAAGACGAGUUACAGAAAGACCCCAACCGAACCGCUCUGGUGGACAUCGGUGGCGGAGUGGGUAACACCUUGAAGAAGGUCCUGGAUGGGUACAAGGAGUUGGAUCCCAGAAAUGUGGUUUUACAAGAUCAAAAGGAGAUUAUAGCCAUGGCCGACAAGGAGAAGAUUCCCCCAGAAGGAGUGAAGUUGAUGGAGCAUGAUUUCUGGACCGAACAGCCUGUCAAAGGCGCCAAAGCGUACUUCUUCCGCCGCGUCUUCCAUGACUACAGCGACGAGCUGUGCGCCAAGGCGCUCCGGCAGAUCAUCCCGGCCAUGGCGCCCGACUCGCGCGUCCUCAUUGCCGACAUGCUCCUCCCGGAAAUCAUGACAGACAAGGAGGCCCACACCGCGGCGCUGGACGUCGCGUGCAUGGUCAUGGGCGGCAAGGAGCGCACCGAGGCCGACUUCCGCAAGCUGUUUGACGGCGUCGGGCUCGAGGUCGUCCACAUCCAUCGCGCCCCGGAGGCGGCGGCCGGCAUCGUCGAGGGGAAAUUGAAGAGCGCUUGAAAAACCAGGUCGCAUAGAGGGCAUGUGACGUGAUAUACAAUAUAACAUAUGAAUAGCGCCAGGUUGGAGCACGCGGUGCUGUCUGCAAUAGCAAUCUCUAUGCCUAUCAGAGAGGCCAUGUGUUUUAAUGA